GUACCAGUAAACCAAAUUAAUGUUUAACUGGGUGGGCCAUCCUCAUUUACACAAUGUUUGUAACCCUCCUGUGUCUAUAUCUUCUUAAGAGUUUGAGUAAAACAGAUAAGGGAUAGCAUACAACAGAGACGGAGGUGCAAAGGGAGUCCAGCACGAAGAUAAGAAGAGAAUUUUGCAAACUAAGAAAAUUAGGACUAAGAGAAGUACAGUGAUCUGACAAGAAAAUAGAGUCUUGAAGGCCUGAUUGUCAGUGACACGAUGAGCGGAGGAUGUAGAUGUGUACUGGCAGCAGCGGUGCUGUUGUGUCUUUGUCUCUUGGUUCCCACCGAGGCUGUGGGAGGAGCCAAGAGUCGACCAAAACCUCAAAGACGACCACCGAAGAAGCCAAAGGUCAAGCCCAUUGACUCAACCCCACCGACUCAGAAUAUCGACAUCCAGCAGAUGACAGGGAAAUGGUAUCUCCUAAAUACGGCCUCCAAGUGUUCUUACCUGAUAAAACAUGGAACCAAGGUGGAGCCGACGGUCAUGACCCUUACAGGUUCAUCCAACCAAACUCUGUCAGUAAGCACUAAAACAAGACAUAAUCAUCAAUGUUGGGAGAUAUUGCAGGAAUACCAUCUAACUUCAACCCCGGGGAAGCUGACACUUAAAGGAACUCGCCCUGAACUCAACACCGACAUUGUGAUUGGAGACACAGACUACACCAACUAUGCAGUUUUGUACUAUCAGAAACUCGGGAAGGUCACAGCAAAGCUCUAUAGUAGGUCUGUGGAUGACCUGUCCGAGCCAAUAUUGACUAAGUUUGAACAGCUUGCUGAAAAACAUGGCAUGGGUCUUGCCUACCUCUUCCCCUUCCCCACCUACAGUCACUGUGGUGAAGUGGACCAGGACCACAAAAUAAGUAAGAUCUCUCACGGUUGGGUACAAGUUGCUCAUCGGAUAAGAAGAACUAGCAAUAUUUAUUAAAACAUCAGAUUUUUUGUGCAGUCAUUAAGGUUGAGUGCUGGAGACAACACAAUGGUGAAAAACGUAGUGAGGAGAUUGACAUCACCACAAUAAUAUCAUCACCACAAUUGAAAUUACAUAUCUUCCUAAUAUUAGAUGAAAAAAUGUUAGUCAUUGUGAUAAGCUAAUCCAAAGCACAACAUUUGAGCUCCAGCUCCCGUUUUCCAUCAUAACCAGUUCAGUUAAUCAGCAAUGUCAUGUUAGUGAAGCGUGGACAUGUUUUCUAAUGUUUUUAAUGAUUCCACUAAUAAUAAAAUAAUAUAGCUCUGCAGGAAAUAUAUUAAACAUGGUUUGAAGUCAGCUCCUUUACCUUUGUGAAAAUCUUAAAAACAAAACCUUUCAGAGUCUUACAGGCCUUGACUUGACGUCGUCUUUUCCUGUUGUCUACUUUUACAUAACUGUAAGACUUCAAGUCACUGCAUGAGCGACUGAAGGAAUGACUGUUUUGUAACUUCCUUUACUGCUUAAUCAAUAUCAACUAUUCAUAAUUUUAGACUUCAUAGAAACUCUGCGUGCUUCUUACUGUUGAGAAACAUGUCGCUCUUCUGCCCCAAAGAUAAAAAUCAUUCAAUGGUUAAUUGAAUUUACAAAGUUUUGCAAAACUUUCAGCAUUUUCUGUUAUGUAAAGCUCUUAUUUAAACUUGCUCAAUUUAAAGAUCUUAUUAAGCUAAUUUCCUGAGACCAUUUAAUCUCUGUUUCUACUUAUCACCUGGACACAGAGACAGAAAUUUGACUAAAACCUUAAGGUCAGUCGGGUUGCUCCUGCAGGCUGUGCACAUGCUCUGCAAAACUUAUGAAACGUUGAGAAGAACAAGUUACCCAACAUCCAUUUCCUGUCAAAAGGGCAUCCGUGUACAUCCAAUGUAAUUUCAUGUGCCACUUCUUGUU